GUGAGCCCCCCACCCCCCUCCUCCCCAACCCCGGGGGCGACUCCGGAGCCUGAAUCUGUCGGCUGCGCGGGGAGCCCGGGAUCCCGAGAUCCUGAGACUCCGAGACUGAGAGACGCUAAGUAAUCCUGAGAGAUCGGGGGGCGCACCCUGAGCAGCAGACGGACGCCGAUCCGCUGAGAGACACGCAGGCACCCCAGACGGAGGUACUAAGGGACGUACAAGGGACCCCGAGACACAGGGACCCAGAAGAAAGGCUGAGAGACCCCUGAAACGGGGAGAGAGCGCAGGCCGGGUUGCGGACGCCCAGAUGAAUAGGAUGAAGGACUUCAUCAAAUGUCUUGCUGAAAUCCAGACAUAACAUGGCAUUCUUCUGACCUAUCAGCCCAGGAGCUCUAUCAAAAAGAGAAAUAAAGUCUGGCAAAACAUAUUCUGGAUGAAAAUUGUGAGUGGCGGUGCUGCAGCAAGACAAAAAACAGAACAUCUAAGCAAAGAAAGAGUGUGGGCGUUUUGAGACCCAAAGUGGAAGGAGCAAUAGGGACAAAUACAGUCCAUUCAUGCCGACAGCUGAUGAGGCUGGGAAGCAGCAUACAGGGCCUGAGGAGGCAGAUAGGCCCCCAUCUAUGUCCCGAAAUGACCCAGCCCCUCUGGCUCCUUCCCGGCCCUGCUGCUUCUGCUGGUGCUGCUGCUGCAGCUGUUCAUGGAAUGAAGACCGGCAGCGGGCUUGGAAGACCUCUAGAGAGACCAGACUGGAGACCAUCCCCAACUGUGAAAGCUGCACCAAGCCCAGCCAAGAGGAAGUCCAAAGCUGGGCAAAGUCUUUUGACAAGCUAAUGAAGAAUCCUGCUGGCCGAAAUGUGUUCCGAGAGUUCCUCCGGACAGAAUACAGCGAGGAGAACAUGCUCUUCUGGCUGGCCUGUGAGGAGCUCAAGGGAGAAGGCAACAAGCAAGCCAUCGAUGAGAAGGCUCGGCUUAUCUACGAGGACUAUAUUUCCAUCCUUUCUCCCAAAGAGGUGAGCCUGGACUCCAGGGUACGAGAGGUCAUCAACAAAAAGAUGCAAGAGCCAUCAUCCCACACAUUUGAUGAUGCCCAGCUACAGAUCUACACCCUCAUGCAUAGGGACUCCUACCCUCGCUUCCUGAACUCAGCUUUCUACAAAGCCCUGCUCCUCAGCACCUCGAGAUCCUCCUCCGAGUCCUAGGGCAGCCUCCCCUCCCCACGGAAGGAUGGGGGCAGCCUAGACUCUUAGCUCGACAGCACCCAGAGGGACACGAUCUGGCCACUUUGGAAA